CAGCCGGCACACCGAAAUGAAGAUUGCGAUAGAAGGCUGCGCUCACGGGGAGCUGGAAAAGAUCUACGAUGUGAUCGGAUCGAUCGAGGAGGAGCAGAACAUCACCAUCGAUCUCCUGAUAUGUUGUGGCGACUUCCAAUCGACGCGAAAUCUUCAGGACCUCCAGUGCAUGGCCGUACCGCAGAAGCACCUUGAUAUGUGCAGCUUUUACAAGUACUACAGUGGAGAAAAGCUGGCACCCAUCCUGACGCUGUUCAUCGGAGGUAACCACGAGGCGUCCAACUAUCUGCAGGAACUACCUUACGGUGGCUGGGUAGCGCCCAACAUCUACUACCUUGGGUACGCCGGGGUGGUCGAGUGUAACGGUGUGCGGAUCGGUGGCAUUUCUGGCAUCUUUAAGGGUCACGACUUUCUGAAGGGACGCUUCGAGUUCCCACCGUACACGGAGUCGACCAAACGGAGCGUCUACCAUCAGCGGCAGAUCGAUGUGUUCCGCUUGAAGCAGCUAUCACACCCGGUCGACAUAAUGCUAUCGCACGAUUGGCCACGGGCGAUUACCGAGCACGGUAACGUUAAUCAGUUGCUUCGGUUCAAACCAGCGUUCCGGGAGGACAUCGAAAGCAACCGGCUUGGGAGUGGACCGUGUGAGGAUCUGCUACAACAGCUGAAACCUCAGUACUGGUUUGCGGCCCAUUUGCACUGCAAAUUCGCUGCCCUAGUCGAGCACAAGGAUGGUCAGCAGACCAAGUUCCUUGCGCUGGACAAGUGUCUACCGAGGCGUCGCUUUUUGCAGGUUCUUGACAUUCCCACCGCGGAGGGUGAAUCGACGGAGGAUCAGAAAAUGAAACUACGGUACGAUCUCGAAUGGCUCACGAUACUGAACCUCACGAAUCAUCUGAUUAGCGUACGCGCCACGAACGGAUACAUGCCCGGCCAAGGAGGUGAUGGUGAAGAGCGCUUCAACUUCACACCGACUGAAGAGGAGAAAGCCAAAGUGUUGCAGUGCUUCGAUGGCAAUCUGACGAUUCCGGAUAAUUUUGUGCGCAUCUCCGCACCCUAUCAACCAUCGGAGGAUGGGGAUGGUCAUCUGAACAUGUCCAGUAUCGAACAGCCACAGGCGUACGUUAAUCCGCAGACGACAACGAUCUGUGAUCGGCUCAACAUUGAUGAUCCCUUGCGGUUAGCGAUGUUGAUGACCGGCCAUGAGCUCAACACGUCCACCUAUGUUGAUCCUGGUCCAGUUACCGUCCAAACGCCUGCUUCACGCAAACCCAACAAGCGUGCAAUGACGAAUGCAGACGAACUGGAUGUCGAUGAUGAGGAAGACGAGGAUGAUGACGAUGUGAAACAGGAUGAAACCCUACAAACCAGUGGACGGACAGUGCCACGAACAUCCCUCUCGUCCACUCUACCCCAACCUAGGUGGUGCGCUGACGCUGAAUCACAAGAAUCGGAUCUUUCGACCACGCUCAACGAUUCGCUGGCGAGCCAAGCGACGGCGACACCCCAGAAAUCGCUCGGCGACAACAGUCUCUCCGAGAGCCUGCCCGUGGUCAAUCUGAACCUAUCGAGCCCGCAGCAAGCAACCGACAGCGGUGCAGUUACUGAUUCCGGUGAGACAGUGGCCAAGGAUGGCGUCGUACAAGAAACACCUCCGAUGAAAAAGUUUAAGCGACGUAACCAAACCAUCUACGCCAACGAGGACGAUUGAUGAUGGUGGCCCUGGAAAGCAGAAUGCAAUACUAAUAACAGAAUCAGAUUAAUUAUAAAAUGGACAGAA